GGUGUAUGAGGGCCCAUGUGCCUACAGGCUGUCCCCAGGUGCCAGGUGUCCCCGGGUGCGGGGCGCUCCUGGUCGUGCUGGGUGUCCGGGGGUGCGGGGCGCUCCCAGCGGUGCGGGGUGUCCCCGGGUGUGGGGUGUCCUCAGGUGCGGGGUGUUCACAGGUGUGGGGUGUCCUCAGGUGCGGGGUGUCCCCGGGUGUGGGGUGUCCCCGGGUGUGGGGUGUCCUCAGGUGCGGGGUGUCCACAGGUGUGGGGCGCUCCCGGCGGUGCGGGUGGCCCCGGGUGCGGGGUGUCCGGUGGUGCGGGGUGUCCCCGGGUGCAGGGCACUCCCCGUCGUGCGGGGUGUCCGGCGGUGCGGGUGUUCCCGAGUGCAGGGCUCUCCCGGUCGUGCUGGGUGUUCCCGGGUGCGGCGCUCCGAGGGCCGCCCGGCCGGGGCAGCCCCUCCCCUCAGGCGGUCUCGCGCCCCUCGCGGCGGGCCGGGGCUGUUCCGGGGCCGGGCGCGGCGCGGUCCCGACGGCGGCGCGGGGCUGAGCCCAUGGCGCUGGCGGCCGCCCGAGCGCGGGCGCUGCGCGCCCUCAGCCCCCCGCACCCUCUGGGACAGGUCCUGGUCGCGGCCCGGCGCCGCUGCAGCGAGGCGGGAGCCCCCGGUGCGCUGCCACCCGGAGGGUACCGGGCCUGGCAGGAGCAGGCGGCCCGCGACCCCGCCGGGUUUUGGGCGGACUUGGCGCGGGGGUGGCUGCGCUGGGACAGCCCUUUCCACACGGCCUGCCAGCCCGGCCGGCCCGCCGGCACAGCCCGCUGGUUCCUCGGGGGCCGCCUCAACGUCUCGGUAAAUUGCUUGGAUCAACACGUUGAAAAGUCUCCAAACAGAGUGGCUUUGAUUUGGGAGAGAGAUGAGCCUGGCACUGCAGUGCACGUCACUUACAGGGAACUUCUGGAUCUGACUUGCCGUCUUGCCAACACCCUGAAGAAAUACGGGAUACAGAAAGGGGACAAGGUGGCCAUCUAUAUGCCCGUGUCUCCCUUGUCAGUGGCAUCCAUGCUGGCUUGUGCCAGAAUUGGUGCUGUUCACAGUGUGGUCUUCGCCGGAUUCAGCGCAGAGUCCUUGGCUGGGAGAAUCGUGGACUCUGGAUGCAAAGCAGUUAUCACCUACAACCAGGGAGUCAGGGGAGGCCGAAUCAUAGAGCUGAAGAGGACUGUGGAUGAAGCUGUGAAGAACUGUCCAAGCAUCAAACAUGUCUUUGUGGCUCAGAGGACAGAUAACAAAGUCCAGAUGGGUGACUGUGAUAUUCCCCUUGAAGAGGAGAUGACCAAGGCAGCUUCUGUAUGUACUCCAGAGAGCAUGGACAGUGAAGACAUGCUUUUCAUGCUGUAUACCUCAGGCAGCACUGGGAAACCCAAAGGAAUCGUUCACACCCAGGCUGGAUACCUGCUGUACGCUGCUCUCACACACAAGUAUGUAUUUGACUACCAGCAAGGCGAUGUUUUUGGCUGUGUGGCUGACAUUGGCUGGAUCACAGGACAUAGCUAUGUUGUGUAUGGACCACUCUGCAAUGGAGCCACCUCUGUCCUCUUUGAAAGCACUCCACUGUACCCUGACCCAGGUCGUUACUGGGAGGUGGUGCAAAGGUUGAAAAUUAAUCAGUUUUAUGCAGCACCUACGGCUAUACGCUUACUGCUGAAUUAUGGAGAAGAGUGGGUGAAGAAGUAUGACAGAUCUUCUUUGAAGACUUUGGGUUCAGUGGGAGAGCCCAUCAACAAGGAAGCUUGGCAGUGGUUCUACCAGGUGGUGGGAGAAGGGCGCUGCACCCUCGUGGACACGUGGUGGCAGACAGAAACUGGUGGCAUCUGCAUUGCCCCACGGCCUUCAGAGGAGAACGCUGAGAUCGUUCCAGCUAUGGCUAUGAGACCUUUCUUUGGGAUUGUGCCUGUGCUGAUGGAUGAGAAUGGAAAGGUUAUAGAGGGCAAUGAUGUGUCCGGUGCGCUCUGCAUUGCCCAGCCGUGGCCUGGCAUGGCGAGAACAAUCUAUGGAGAUCACCAGAGAUUUGUUGAUGUCUAUUUCAGAGCCUACCCAGGUUACUACUUCACAGGGGAUGGUGCUUACAGGACCAAGCAAGGCUAUUACCAGAUAACAGGGCGCACGGAUGAUGUCAUUAACAUCAGUGGGCACAGGCUUGGGACGGCAGAGAUAGAAGAUGCAAUGGCUGAUCACCCUGAGGUCCCUGAGACAGCUGUGAUUGGGUAUCCACAUAAGAUCAAAGGAGAAGGUGCCUUUGCUUUCGUAGUGCUAAAGGAGCAGGUGGCUCACGUAGACCGUGUCAAAGAAGAGCUCAAAACCAUAGUAGCUUCCAAGAUAGCAAAAUAUGCUGUGCCUGACCACAUUCUGGUGGUGAAACGUCUCCCUAAAACCCGAUCAGGGAAGAUCAUGAGAAGGCUGCUGAGGAAAGUAGUCACUGAACAAUCAAACAAUAUGGGAGAUGUCACCACACUUGAUGAUCCAAGUGUUGUUAAGGAGAUAUUGGAUGCUUACCAGAAAUACAAGGAGAAGAGUUCCUCAUAAGAGGCAUCCCUGGGAUCUGUCUCUUUCGGAAAUGUGGAAGGUCUCAAACAACCAGGCAAAUGA